ACCCAGGGGGAGGAGCUGCAAUCGUGUCUGGGGCCCCAGCCCAGGCUGGCCGGAGCUCCUGUUUCCGCUGCUCUGCUGCCUGCCCGGGGUACCAACAUGGCCCAGAAGCGUCCUGCCUGCACCCUGAAGCCUGAGUGUGUCCAGCAGCUGCUGGUUUGCUCCCAGGAGGCCAAGAAGUCAGCCUACUGCCCCUACAGUCACUUUCCUGUGGGGGCUGCCCUGCUCACCCAGGAGGGGAGAAUCUUCAAAGGGUGCAACAUAGAAAAUGCCUGCUACCCGCUGGGCAUCUGUGCUGAACGGACCGCUAUCCAGAAGGCCGUCUCAGAAGGGUACAAGGAUUUCAGGGCAAUUGCUAUCGCCAGUGACAUGCAAGAUGAUUUUAUAUCUCCAUGUGGGGCCUGCAGGCAAGUCAUGAGAGAGUUUGGCACCAACUGGCCCGUGUACAUGACCAAGCCGGAUGGUACGUAUAUUGUCAUGACGGUCCAGGAGCUGCUGCCCUCCUCCUUUGGGCCUGAGGACCUGCAGAAGACCCAGUGACAGCCAGAGAAUGCCCUCCGCCUGUAACAGCCACCUGGAGAACUUCAUAAAGAUGUCUCACAGCCCUGGGGACACCUGCCCAGUGGGCCCCAGCCCUACAGGGACUGGGCAAAGAUGAUGUUUCCAGAUUACACUCCAGCCUGAGUCAGCACCCCUCCUAGCAACCUGCCUUGGGACUUAGAACACCGCCGCCCCCCUGCCCCACCUUUCCUUUCCUUCCUGUGGGCCCUCUUUCAAAGUCCAGCCUAGUCUGGACUGCUUCCCCAUCAGCCUUCCCAAGGUUCUAUCCUGUUCUGAGCAACUUUUCUAAUUAUAAACAUCACAGAACAUCCUGGAUCAAA